AGCGAGAAGGAGUCAGAGAGGAGGACUGGUAACUACAUCUGGAACUUAUUGGGAGCAAGGCUGAGAGCGAGCGAGAGAGAGAGAGAGAGAGACCGACUGAGCAAGAGAGAAAGAAAAAAUAAGUUCCUGAAGAAUGAAAAAUCAACUACUGGGAAUUAGGAGGCUUGAACAAAAAGGUUAGUUCUUCAUAUCAUGAAAUAGGAGUUUGCUGGAUCAAACAUUAAUGACAAGUUUUCUAAUGUGAAGAAGUCAUUUUAACGAGGAACAAAAGGAACUUCAGAGAAGAAACAACUAAUAAAAGAAGAAAAGAACAGAAAGUAAAGUGGCUAGCAUCCCAUAAAGUGAAGUGGCAUUCCUACAAAACAGGAAAAUACAGAUCAUCUCAUCUCCUGCAGGACUGAGGGGGGAGCAACAACAAAAGCAAGCCAAAGGUCAAGGCAAAUACAACGAAAAGGACCAAGAAACCAAAGAACUGUGGAAUUGUAGAUCUGACACAGACUUACUGUCAUCAAAAGAGACUUUUUAGAGAAAGAGGAGCAAAAUCCACAAAAAAUCCUGAAAACUUCUUGAACAUUUUCCAAAUUCCUCUCAGACGCUCUCCUGCACUCCACCUACCACCAGGAUGGCUGUGUCACGAGGUUGCCUGUGUUGUGUGAAGUACCUCAUGUUCGUGUUUAACCUUAUCUUUUGGUUGGGUGGGUGUGGCCUGUUUGGAGUAGGGGUGUGGCUUUCCUUCACCCAGUCACAGUUCUCCUCCCUGCCCCUGUCCUUUCCUUCGCUUUCUGCUGCCAACCUGCUGCUGGUGGCCGGUGGCGUUACAAUGGUGACGGGGUUUCUGGGGUGCCUGGGCGCCCUGAAGGAGCAGCGUUGUCUGCUGAUGACGUUUUUUGUGAUCCUUCUGCUGCUGUUUCUCACUGAAGUGUCGCUGAUUCUAAUUCUGAGCAUCUACCACAAAGAGCUGGACGAAAAAGCUAAGGAUGAUUUGGUAAAAGGGAUGAAGGACUACAACAAAAACAACGACCUGAAGGACUCCUGGGACAACAUGCAAAGAAUUUUUAAAUGCUGUGGAGUGAGUAAUCACACUGACUGGCACAACAUCACUGGAACACCAGGUCAGCCCCCCUCAUCUUGCUGCAGGCCUGGCACUAAACCCUGCCACCUAUGGGAAGAGCCGUGCUAUGAGAAGGCCAAGAAUUUUCUCCUCAGCAACAUCACAUCUGUGCUGGUGUUUGGCGUCUGCCUUGGCAUUGUCCAGAUCUUAGCCCUGGCUUUCUCCAUGCUGAUGUACUGCCAAAUCUUGCGUGCGGAAAAAUACAUGGACUGACCUGGCGAUGGCCCAGCGCUGCCUGGGGCCUGGAGUUAACCAGGAGAGUGUGUAACAGUUAGGAGUGAAAUGUACUAUUUUAGAACUCAGCCAAACUUCAGCUUCAAGACUCAAGAGUGCUUUGAAUUACUGAGGCAGCUGGAUAUUCUUACAUGCAUCAGUUUUGAUUCUUAAAAUUGCAUCUUGUGUUGGAUUGAAAGUGAGAGAUAUACUCUAUGGCUUUGUUUCUCAGAGGGAGAUUAAGCCUAGUCCUGGAAUACACAACAUUCUGAAUGAAGAUUCCUUAUUUACAGCCAAAUAUAAUCCACGACUAGACUGAAUCUUUGCCUGGAAGCCUGGUCAAACGUCCAAAAAAAUGUAGACAGCUGCUCUUCUAGUGUUUUUCUGAAUAUAUGUGUAUUAAAAGGGUGCCUAUAAUGUACUGGGAAUGCUUUAUACUAGG